CGCUAACACUGCUGUGCACCCGGAACUUGUUUUCAUGAACAAAAUACAGCUUCCUUUGAAACAGAAUUUAAAAAGUGGGUUUAAAAAAAUCGACACGUUAUCCGAUUUUCAUUUUUAGCAUGAUCAUUUUGAAGAAAGUGUUGUUUUGCGUGAGAUAGAAGAUACAAAUAGAAACUUUCAGAAACGUGUAUGCUUUUCUUCCACAAUGAAACCCCACUCUUCGUUUUUAUUACUACGAGCGAUCGUACUAUUGUCAUUCAUUGUCAUGCAAGUCUGCAGGACUUCAGGUUCCACAGAUGGUGGCAGGAUGGUGCAUGUACCUGGAGGAGAGUUUCAAAUGGGCACUAAUGCAGCCGAUUCGAGGGACGGAGAAUCUCCUGUCAGGAUGGUUACAGUCAGAUCGUUUUCUAUUGACAAGUAUCCAGUUACUAAUUCAGAUUUCAGGGAGUUUGUUAGGGCACAGAAGUACAAGACUGAAGCAGAAGCAUUCGGAUGGAGUUUUGUUUUCCAGGAUUUUGUUUCCGACGAAUUGAAAAGCAAAGUGACCCAGCGCAUUGAGUCAGCUCCCUGGUGGCUGCCUAUCGAAAAGGUGUUUUGGAGACAGCCUACAGGUCCCAGUUCAGGUAUAAAGGACAGGCUGGAUUACCCAGUGGUGCAGGUGAGCUGGAACGAUGCCCAGGCCUUCUGUAAGUGGAAAGGGAAGAGGCUUCCUAGCGAGGAAGAGUGGGAAUUUGCUGCCAGAGGUGGGCUGGAAGGCAGGACAUUCCCAUGGGGGAACAAGUUUCAAACAAACCGGAGCAACCUGUGGCAGGGUAAAUUCCCAGACGAGGACUCUGCAGAAGAUGGGUAUCACGGCGUUUCUCCUGUCAAGGCGUUCCCUCCUCAGAAUAACUAUGGGCUGUGUGACAUGCUAGGGAACACGUGGGAGUGGACAGACUCCGAGUACCUGUCUGAGGCUCCGCCCCCCGGCCGCCACACCCCUCACAAGAUGUUUGUCCUUCGAGGGGCGUCCUGGAUUGACAGUGUUGAUGGAUCAGCCAAUCACAGGGCUCGAGUCACUACCAGAAUGGGAAACACUCCAGACUCUGCUUCUGAUAACCUGGGCUUUCGCUGCGUGGCCAGCGUUGAACCCAAAGAUCAGAAGACUCAACGUAAAGCCGAGCUGUAAGAAGCCAAUGGCAGUUUGAGAAGAAGUGGACUUUGAGAAGCUGACUGUAGGGUUAUUGUUACAUUUCUCCUAUGGAGAUUGGAGACAGAGAUUGUUUCUUAACUUUGAACACUUUUUCCUAGUACAAGAAGUAAGAUGAUUAAAAUAGAUUUUGUUGUAUUUUAGUAGCAGUACUUGGUUAGAUGCUGGGUUUGUUUGAGACUUGCAUAAUUAAGUUACUGUUUAUUUACAUUCAAAUACAAUGUACAGAGGUUUGUAAACUUUUUUUUUUAAAUUUCAUAUACGAGACAGGCUGAGUUGGAUUCAAAAUUAAAAGCCACAAUGUCAUAUUCUGAA